CAGGUUAUCCCUGAAGUUGCCCUGUGUCUCCGCCACACAUGGCAGCCGCUCAGGAUGCCGCCCUCUCCACCGAGAGUGAAUCGCCUGCAAAGUCCGCCGCGUCGUUACCCACCCAGUCCUCCUCGUCCAAAAAUGGAAAAAUGGAUAACGCCGCCGAUAAGGCCUUCGCUGCCCUCAACGGCUCUCAGUCCCAGCCAAUGACCGCGUCAACCUCAUGUUCCUCUGCCGCAGAUACGCCAAAGCAGACCCUCUCGAGCUCAACUCCUACCCCGGCCCCUUAUGGUACCCGGUCAAGGAACAGAGUGGGUGUCCCACGACCAAACUAUGCUGAAGACCGCGACCUUGACAUCGAUCUCGAGCCCGUGAGCAACUCCAAGCCUACCACCUCCAAGAAAGCUGCAUCCGCCAGCCACACUACCUCCAGGACCUCCCCCGCCGCCAGUAUCGAGAAGAACGGAGGAGUGAGCACAAGGGGCACAAGAAACGCCGCGGGUAACCACCUCUCGACGACGAAAGAAGCUAUCCCCGGCACAUCGACUUUUUCUGCGAACCCAAACGCGACCAAUGGCUCCAAGAAGCGAAAGCAGCCAGGAUCCAACACCAUAGUCCAAGGCUCGUCUACUCCCACCAGUACAAGUGCGACGAGUAGAAAAUUCAUUGUCCCUGCCUCAAAAUUGCCUGAAAUGGCGGCGCCGACGAACAUGAUGACCUUUAACAACGCCAAGGGCUGCUUGAAGAAUGGAAAAUUAAAAGCGGAUGACGGAACUGUUCUAGCUCCAAAUGAUCACGUUUACCUAAUCUGCGAGCCUCCCGGCGAACCGUAUUACCUUGCCCGAAUAAUGGAGUUCCUACCCAACAAAGAUAAUCCGUCCGGCCCCAUCGAGAUGGUCAGAGUUAACUGGUACUAUCGACCUCGCGACAUCCAGCGCAGAGUCUCAGACCCGCGCCUGGUGUUCGCUUCCAUGCAUUCCGAUACGUGUCCGUUGACCGCCCUUCGAGGAAAAUGCCAGAUCGUACAUGCGUCAGAAAUCAAAAACCUAGAAGAAUUCAGAAGAGGCAGGAAUUGCUUCUGGUUUGAGAAGAUGUACGACCGUUAUAUCCAACGCUAUUAUGAAGUGGUACCCACCAGUCUGGUUAUCAAUGUCCCGCAACAUGUGAAGAAGGUCUUGGAUGAACGCUGGAAAUUUAUUCUAAUCGAAGUGGGACGAUCAAAAGAGUACACAGCUGAUGUUAAAACUUGCAAACGGUGCACUCAAUAUGCUGCCAACUCUGAGUCUGUCGAUUGUGCCGUAUGCCACCGUACCUAUCACAUGAGGUGCGUUCGCCCAGUUUUACAGAAGAAACCCGCUCGAGGAUUUGCCUGGGCUUGCGCUCCCUGUAGCCGUGCGCAAGACAAGAAAAUGGAAGCGAGAAACACGCCGAUCAUUGGUGAACUGCGGCAAGAGCCUGAGCCCGACGCGUACGAAGAAGAUGAAGAAGAACCGUUGCCUCCUGCGGAAAUUACACAGAGCAGUAGUCCUUCUAUACACGAAGGUGUCACCCACUCCGCUACACCUGAACAGACCGCGCAAGCGAAGCUUUGGCCUUUUAGAUAUCUAGGAAUACAUUGCCGCGUUGAGGAGGCGUUGGAGUACGAUGAUAGAAUAUACCCUCGAGCUAGUUCACGGAUCGGCUCCCGUCACCAGGCUAACGUCAUUCCGUGGUAUGGCCGUCCGAUCAGAUACGUGAAGGCCCCUGAGAUGAAGAAGAAGUACCUCAAGUCGAAGAAAGACCCUAAGAUGUCGAAGGAAGCCCUUGCCGCAUUCGAAGCCGACAAAGCCGAAAGGGCGAAACGGCCAAAGUGGAUCCUAGACGAGCCACCCGGCUACAUACGUCGUGGCGAGGAUGAGCCGAUUACUAUUGGUAGUAAGCAGGUCCGAACGGCGGAGUUACAAUUCAAGAUGCCAGAUGUGUCAGAUCUUCCAGCGCGUGGAGAGGAUGAUACUCCUGGAUCGCAUUUGAGCCCUGAGGAUCGUGAGAAAUUUAUGGACGAAUACAUGGCCGAGGCCAAGAAGAUCGCGCCCCUCAAGGGCAUCGAAGAAUAUUCUACGAACUUUCUGGAUAAGGCGCUGAAAUUCCUAUAUGAAGAAAAUUUCAACAAGGACGCGGCGCUGGCCAGGUUGGGCAAGAUAAACAAGUACACCGACCUCAAGGAACCGCACCUUAAGCCGGAGGAGGUGAAGCUCUUUGAAAGUGGUGUUGCCAAGUACGGUUCCGAGCUGCGCCUUGUUACCAAACAUGUUGGUACUGUACCACAUAGUCAGAUUGUGCGAUAUUACUACAUGUGGAAGAAGACGCCAAAAGGUCGUCAAAUCUGGGGAAAUUUCGAGGGUCGGAGAGGCAAGAAGGCGCUUAAGAAGUCGGAUAACGCAACGGUGAAAUUGGUGGACGAUAUUGCCGAUGACCACGACGACUCCGCAUUCGAUCAAGACAAAGCUGCGAGUAAAAAGCGAGGAUUUAGCUGCAAGUUCUGUUCGACGAAAACUUCAAGACGAUGGUGUCGAGCGCCGUUUGUUCCCCCCGGCACAACCACGACCGCCGAGCCAUCAUCCAAAAAGGACAAGGGAGUGGUUUACACGGUCGCAUUGUGUCAGCGCUGCGCUUUGUUGUGGAGAAAAUACGCUCUUCAGUGGGAGAAUCCCGAUGAGGUCGCGAAAAGAAUCUCUCAGGGAGGUACGAAAUCGUGGCGGCGCAAAUUCGAGGAAGAGCUGUUGGCUCAACUCCUUACGUAUACCGAGUGGGAUAUGAAGAUCAACAACACCACCGCUACCACCGCUGCGUCCCUCGGCAUUCAUGUGGUAUCUGAUAUGACAAGGGAUACUGCAGCUGAGCCACCCAAGAAGAAGACGAAGACCUCGGACAAGGAUUCUGCCACUCCAGCCAAGGAGUCUCCAGUGGAUCAGGUUCCCAAGAGAAGAGUAGUCGACAAACCAACAGAGCCACCACCCUUGCUACCAGAGCCACCCAAACCGAAAAUGCUUCCUUGCGCUAUUUGCAACAAGAUGGAACCCGGUGGCGAUCAGCACCUAUCUUGUCGAGAUUGCCGACUCUCCGUCCAUCGCGGUUGUUAUGGCGUGAGCGCCAACCGAAACGCGGCCAAGUGGUUCUGCGAUACUUGCUCGAACGACCACAAUCCAGCUAUAUCAACGAGAUACGAAUGUGUUUUGUGCCCGGUUACCUGGACAGAGCAUGAGUUGAUGGAGCCACCCAAGAUAUCGCACAAGAAGAAGUCCGACCGCGAGCGCGAGAAGGAGAGAUUGGAAAAGGAGAUGGUCGCCGAAGCCAUCAAGCUCUACCGUCAACGACAAGAGGCUGCUGGAAAGCCCGCUGGCCCUCGGGAGGCGCUCAAGCGAACAGCCGGAAACAACUGGGUCCAUGUCACCUGUGCCGUCUGGAAUCCCGAGAUCAAGUUUGGAAACGCAAAGGAGUUCGAGCCUGCUGAGGGGAUGGGGUUGAUUCUGCCGGAACGAUUCCAGGAGACCUGCAAGAUUUGCAAGACGCAGAACGGCGCCUGCGUCACCUGCCAUCUAUCUUCUUGCAAUGCUCGUUUCCAUGUUGGGUGUGCGCAUCAAGCCGGGUACAGGUUUGGGUUCGACGUGACUCCAGUGAAGGUCAGCAGAAGAGACUCUGUAAACACGAUGAAACUUGGAAAAGAGUCCGGCGCGGUUACGGCGGCAAUUUGGUGCCCUCAUCAUGUAAUUCCGUCCAUCGUGCAUGAAAUGAGCGAGCCUUCUGGGGUUGACGAUAUGAAUGCCCUUCAGCUGUACGCCCAGACUUGCAAGCAGGCCGAUCUUACCCUCACCGGUACCGUGCGGAAGGCGGCCCAUUUCCAGCAAACCGUGGGAGCGUCGAUGAGUGGGCAGACGGCAUCGGCUCGACGUGCUGCUGCUGCGAACGGCGCCAGCUCUGGUCACGCGAGAAAGGAGAGCACCAACGCUGCUGGAUCAUUGGUUGAAACGUCGCCGAAGAUGGAUCGUGGUGCCAACCACUCGAGUGAACAGAACGGCAAUGAAGCGACGAAUGGUGUUCCGGAUGCGAAGAACUGCCAUCACUGUCAGACAACCAUCAGCCCGAGAUGGUGGCGUUGCUGUGUGAGUCAAGAGUUGCCUGGCAUGGCUAGUCGCCAAGCGCCGAACGGAACUUCCUACGACGGUGUAGCAGAUGAAGGAGAUCAAAGGAGCUCCAUGGAGAAGACCGCAGAAAAGGUCUUGUAUGAGUGUCAUAAAUGCCACUACAGGAAGUCAGAGUCUCCAGCAGCCCCUGAACCUCGACCUUCACCGUUUGUUUCCAAGCGCGAUUCAAGCUUGCCCGCCAACCGAGGACCCGAAUACUCCCAUCAUUCAUUUGCAUCUCCCCGCACUCAAACCGUCCAACAGAGUCCCAACCUCCAUAUACCUCCGAUUGUUCCUCUCCAUCCGCAUGGACAAGAGUGGCGACCCGAUUUCGAGCAGCGACCCGGUGACUACGCGACUCCGCUUCUUCGAAAUGGGAUCCCCCCGGGGCCACCAGGACAUCCAGGGCCGAAUGGAAUCCCCCUCCCGCCGCCAAACUUCCAUUCUGGCCCACCGCAGGGUUCGCACAUGAACGGCUAUGCACCUUCCCUUCCGCCGCCUCCGUCGCACUAUUCCGGUGCCGUGCCACCUCCACCUCCACACACAUACCCGACACAUCAAAGCCCAUACACACCCGUCCCAGGCCCAUCCACGAGUGGUCCGCCUCAGAUGCCCGCGGGUAGCCAUCCAUACACAUCCGCCUCGCCACCGGCAAUUCAUUACUCACCUCAACCUUCGAUGAGCGGCCUGGCACCCGGUGCUCCUCCUGUUCGAAUGUACCCCGUUGAGAGAGCCAUCGCGCCCAACCUCCCGUCCCCGUCUGUAUCCCGUCGCAGCGUAGACCCUCAGCCUCCGGGAACACCGGGAGCGUCGGAGCAGCAUAACCCUGCUGGAACCGAGCCAUCCUCGACCAACGCGCCGCAGCGAUCUCCAAGCUCUGGUCUUGCAAAUAGUGGGAACCAGGCGCCUGUGGCCGCAUCUGGAGCGAGUGCGAGUCCGUCGUUAAAAAAUUUGCUUCUUUGAUAAACCAUAGCGGGUUCGGAAAGAUAAAGAGGAGUUUUUAUGUGUGUUUUUUUCUUUUCUUUCAUACUUCUCCAAAGUCCUUACUUUCUGUUCAUGGCAGGUUUUGUUUCUCUCCUUUUUUUUUCAUUUCUUUUCGUUUUGUUUUAAAAGGAUGCUCGGAAAGCAAGGCGGACAGGAUAUGUAUAUGGGUUUUCGUCAGUGGGGUAAUACACCGGUGUCCCUGGGUUAUGGUGGUGUUAUUUACCGAAUGAGUGCUGGUCAUCGCCGGUUUCAGAGAUACCGUAAGUCACUCCUAUGCUAGAAUUUAUCGAAGAUGUCUCUUGUCAAGGCUUUGAAGAU